AUGCCGAGGCGGUUCCUGAUGAACCACCUCAAGCAAAAUGCCAGCCAGGCUGGAAACUUUGAUGUUUGUGGGUGGGCCUUGUGGGCCUCAGCCAGAAGGCAGCGCAGUUCAGAGACGGGCCAGAGUUGGGAUGAUUGGGCAUCCAUCAGCAUUUUUGCAAACAACGAUGCCAUCGAGUGUCAGCUCAGUCCGGUCGCCACUAUAUCACUGUGUUGCUUGCUGCCUAAGCCUGUCGCCUGCGACUCUAGGCGCUUCUCCUGCCUGGAUUUGCGGGCCAUAAUGACGUUGCUGGCAACUUAA